GGGAUGCUCCAGUCCAGGCACCUGCCACCGUGCCACCAUGUCCCUGUGCCACCAUGUCCCCAUGUCCCUGUGUCACUAUGUCCCUGUAUUCCUGUGCCACUGCAUCCCCAUGUCCCCGUGCCACCCUGUCCCCAUGCCACCAUGUCCCUGUGGUCCUGCCACUGCAUCCCCAUGUCACCCCGUCCCCAUGGCCCCAUGUUCCUGCCACUGCAUCCCCAUCCCAUCCUGUCCCCAUGCCACCCUGUCCCCAUGUCCCCGUCCCACCAUGUCCCCAUGCCACUGUGUUCCUGUGUCACUAUGUCCCCAUGUCACCGUAUCCCCAUGUCACCAUAUCCCUCUGCCACCAUGUCCCUGUGUUCCUCUACCACCACAUCCCCAUGUCACCCUGUCCCCAUGUCCCUGUGUCACUCUGUCCCCAUGCCACCAUGUCCCUGUGCCAAUGCAUCCCCCAUGCCACCAUGUCCCUGUUCCACCAUGUCCCUGUUCCACCAUGUCCCUGUGCCACCAUGUCCUGAUGUUCCCAUGCCACUGUGUCCCUUUGUCACUAUGUCCCCGUGUCACCAUAUCCAUCCCACCAUGUCCCUGUGCCACCAUGUCCCUGUGUCCCUCUGCCACUGCAUCCCCCAUGCCACCAUCUCCCCAUGUCCCAGUGCCACCCUGUCCCCAUGUCCCUGUGCCACCAUGUCCCUGUGCCACCCUGUCCCCGUGUCCCCCCCACAGGACGCUGUCGCAGCUGGGGGGGCGGCAGCAGUACCUGGCGGGCCCCAUCCUGGCCAGUGGCCACCCCGCCCCGCUGGCCCCCGGCCCCUGGCACGGCCGGCGCGUGGACUAUCUCCUGUUCCGGCAGCACCGGGGGACGCCCCCCCUGCGCACGGAGGUGGCGGGGGUCUCCUUCAUCACCCAGCUGGCCACCUUCUCCGACCACUUGCCCGUGGCCCUGCGGCUCGAUGUGUCCCCGUGAGCUGCCAGCACCGGAGGUGGCACCGAGGGGGGGGUGCUGGCACCCCAUGGGGAUGUGGGGGCGUCUACUGUGCCCCACACGCCUUGGCUGCACUGGUGGCCCGUGGGGCAGUGGCCUGGCCCUGGUCCAGCACCAGUCUGGCACUGGUCCAUCACUGGUCCAUCACUGGUCCGGCGGGACUGGUGCCAGCCGCGGUUUUAGCAACGGGAGUGAAAUAAAGGCCUGGAGCCCA